AUGAUUAAGUUUCUCACGUUUGCUAUCCUCCUGGUGUGGGCAGUCCGGGGGCGCGUCGUCCACAGGAGGAACACGCCGUGCCCGGACGCCUGCGAUGCGUCACGGUGCCCCUCUGCCCCCGCGUCCUGCUCAUACGGGCUGACCAAAGACCGCUGCGCCUGCUGCUCCAUCUGCGCGGCCGGAGAGGGCGACUCGUGCGUGGCGGGAGCCGCGGAGUGGACCGGGGAGGCGUGCGGGGACGGGUUGGUGUGCGGUUACGCAGCGGAGGGGGACCGCAGUGAGCGCAGUGCGUGCGUGUGCGUGUCCGGCGGCCUGGUGUGUGGCAGCGACGGGCGGACCUACCCGAGCCUCUGCCGCCUGAGAGCGGAGAACAGGAGGGCCGAGUUCGGCAGGGGCCCUUCGGUCAUCCUAAUGGAGAGGGGCCAAUGCGGUGCAGGCACCAAGCAUCCUGAGAGCAUGCGCUACAAAUUCAACUUCAUCGCUGACGUGGUGGACAAGAUCGCCCCGGCGGUGGUCCACCUGGAGCUCUUCAGAAGCGUGCCGUUAUCUGAGCAGGACGUCCCGGUCUCCAGCGGGUCAGGGUUCAUCGUGUCCGAGGACGGCUGGAUCGUCACCAACGCCCACGUGGUGGCCAACAAGAGGUGCAUCAGGGUGGAGCUUCAGAGCGGCGUGCGCUACGACGCCACCAUCGCCGACGUGGACAACAAGCUCGACGUAGCGCUCAUCAAGAUCGACUCGGAGUACCCGCUGCCGGUGCUUCAGCUGGGCCGGUCCUCGGACCUGCGGCCGGGGGAGUUUGUGGUGGCCAUCGGCAGCCCCUUCUCCCUGCAGAACACGGUGACCACGGGGAUCAUCAGCACGGCCCAGAGACACGGAGCCGAGCUGGGCCUCACCGACUCCACCAUGGAGUACAUCCAGACGGACGCCAUCAUCAACUACGGGAACUCAGGAGGCCCUCUGGUGAACCUGGACGGCGAUGUAAUAGGCAUUAACACCCUCAAAGUCACCGCGGGGAUCUCCUUCGCCAUCCCCGCCGACAAGAUACGGCAGUUCCUCGCCGAGUCCUACGACAGACAGACCAAGGGAAGUACAAAGUCAAAGAAGAAGUACAUAGGAGUCCGAAUGCUGCAGCUGUCCCCAUCGAUGAUCCGGGGUCUGAGAGAACGGAGCCCGGACUUCCCCGACGUCACCUCCGGGGUCUACGUCUAUGAGGCCAUCACGGGGGCCGCGGCUGACAGCGCGGGCGUGAGGACCCAUGACGUCAUCCUGAGGAUCAACGGGCGGGCGGUGGAAACAACGCAGGACGUGAGCGAGGCCGUUGCCAACGACGACCUGCUCUCCGUGGUGCUGAGGAGAGGAGACCGAGACGUCACACUCACCAUCGUACCGGCCCAGAUAGACGGGUAG